UACGCGCACCUCACAACUCGCACAGUGCAGUACCACCACCAUAGCCCAGCGACGACUUGGGGUUCGAGUCCACGCCCAUCGGUCCUCACCGCCGGCCGACAACACCCACAAAUCCGAGAUCCAGAAAGCGGCUGUACUCGGCGGCGAGAUGGAGAUCGCGGUGGGCGCACUGUCGGGCAUGGUGGACGCGCUGCCGGGCAAGCUCGGCGAGCUGCUGCAGCAGGAGUUCGAGCUGCUCUCCGGCGUCCGCGGGGACGUCGCCUUCUUCCAGGCGGAGCUCGGCGCCAUGCACGCCGCGGUCGUCCGGUGCGAGGCCCUCGACGAGCCCGACCCCCAGACCACCACCUGGAUCGGGCAGGUCCGCGAGCUCGCCUACGACAUCGAGGACUGGGUCGACCUCUUCGCCCACCGCGUCGACGCCGGCAGGAGUACCCACGACGCAGAUGCUGCUGGCGCCAUCUCCACACGGGAGAGGUUCUCCAGGUGGAUCCGCCGGGGAAUCGACAGGUUCACCACCAUCCCCGACCGCCACAUCAUUGCCACGGAGCUGCAGGACCUCCGGCGGCGCGUCGUCGAGGUCAGCGACCAGCGGAAGCGCUACAGCUUUGGCCCGCAGACCGUCGCGGCAGGGUCCCGGUACGCGUCCGCCUUCGACCACCGGCUCGUCGCGCUCUACGCCGACAGCGCCAGCCUCGUCGGCCUGGAGGGGCCGCGGGACGAGGUGGCGGAGAUGGUGGCCAGAGCGGGCUCCGAAGGGCUCAAGGUGGUGUCCGUUGUUGGGAUUGCUGGCUCCGGGAAGACGACGCUUGCCAGAGAGGUUUACAGGCUCAUCGGUGCGGGCUUCAAGUGUCGUGCUUCGGUGUCGGUGGGCCGGAACCCAGACAUCGCCAAGGUGCUCGGCGAUAUGCUAUCCCAAGUGGACAACGAGUACAGAGGACGAGGUGAUUCUGGUGAUCCGGCUCAAUUGAUUGGGACGUUGAGGUUGCAUUUGCAAGAUAAGAGGUAUCUUGUUAUGAUUGAUGAUUUAUGGAGUACUCAAACUUGGGGAACAAUCAAAUACUGUUUUCCAGACAACAAUCUUGGUAGUCGGAUAAUCAUUACGACAAGAAUUGAGACAGUUGGAAAGGUCGGUAACCAUGUUUACAAGACUCGUCUUCUUGAUGAAGCCGAUGCAGAAACUUUGUUUUUCCGAAGAACUUUUGGAAGUGAGGGUGUCUGCCCUCACCAUUUGAUAGAUGUUUCAACUCAGAUCAUGAGAAAGUGUGGUGGUUUGCCACUCGCUAUAGUGAGUGUUGGUAGCAUGUUAGCCAGCAAGCAACUCACUAGAGAUGAAUUUGAGCGUUCAGGACUCCAUUGGCAGGAAAAUUCGCAGCUGCAAGGGAUGAAACAAAGCAUCAAGCUCAGCUACAGCGAUCUUCCUGCUAAUCUCAAGACAUGUCUAUUGUACCUCAGCAUAUUUCCAGAGAACUAUGUGAUUGAAAUACAGCGCCUUGUGAGGCGAUGGAUUGCAGAAGGGUUAAUCAGUGAACAGCGUGGUCCAAGCAGAGAGGAAAUAGCGAGAAACUACAUCAAUGAGCUCAUUGGCAGAAACUUAGUCCAGCGAUCACAGCUGAAUCAUGAUGGCACCCACAGGAGCUGUGUCGUUCAUCCAGUAAUACAUGAUUUCAUAAUUUGCAAGUCCAUGGAAGAUAACUUUGUUGCGUUGGUACAUGCUCAGCAGCAAGAUGUCUCUCCUGGCAACGGCACUAUACGACGGCUAUCCUUGCUGAAUAGCACUAAGCUUGAUCAGGCUAAAGCACAAAUUGAUGGGGGAAAAGUGUCCCGUGCUCGCUCGAUCACCGCAAUUUCUCACACCAGUGGCACACCUCGUCUGAAUGAACUCAGUGUACUGCGGGUUCUGGACCUCGAAGGCUGUGAAGGUCCACUAUGCCUUGAUGGCCUCUGCAAAUUGCUGCUUCUAAGGUAUUUGAACCUCACAGGAACGGAUAUCAGUGAGCUUCCGGCACAGAUUGGAGAGCUAAGAUGCCUGGAGACACUGGAUGUGAGAUUCACAAAGGUGAAAGAGCUACCUCCCAGCAUUCUCAGGCUGGAAAAGCUAAUGCAUUUGCUUGCCGGGAAUGCCAAGUUGCCCAGUGGGAUAAGCAAGAUGAAGUCACUGCUAACACUGUCGUGCAACAAUGUAGGGGAGAACCCUGUGAGUGUCAUGCACGAGUUCGGUAAAAUUUCCAGUUUGAGGGAGCUUGAGUUAUUUUGUGAUGUUACUGGAACAUCUGGGGGUAAGAAACAAGUCGAAUUUCCGGGUGAUGGAUUUCGGAGUCUUGAGAAGCUUCGCAUUCGGUGCAGCUUGCCAUCAGUGACAUUCAUGAAUGGCGCUUUGCCAAAGCUUGCCAUGCUUGAGCUAAAGUUUGAAAAAGGCCUUUCAGUGGAGUCAAGUGGUGUGUCUGGCAUAGAGCUUCUGACAAGCCUGAAGCAUUUGCUUAUUGAUUCACAGCAUGAUACAGGAGCUGCAGAUGCAAUGGCUGAAGUGAGAAAGGUGGUCCACCCUAAUUGUCAAGUGAUAACCACAUGAGCGCUGAUGGGAAGAGUGGUUAAUAUAUAUUAGUAGGGUUCUGGAGCAUUGUGCACAUUUGUUUGUGUUCGAAGACCUCUGCUUCGGGGGUAUAAUUUGAAAUACGCUGGUUAGUAACAGUUUGUGUUUUUUUGUAUGCACGUUUCCUUUGCAGAGCAGCUUGUACUUUUUUGCGGGUAUUGCAGAGCAGCUCGUUAGCUGUUCAGGAUUCAAGUGCAACUGAUGUCAAAGGAAACGGAGUGUGUUCUCUGUUUUCAUCUGUUCAAGCUUCAGGGUUCUGUUACAAAAUCAAUGUUCCUUCAAUACUAAUAAUGCUAUGAAAGUGUAUUGGUAUGUUCUUGACUAU